AAUCAAGCACGAAAAGCGUUAUAAAUAGUAAUCCAUUAUGAGAUUCUUUGGUGUAUUCCUCCAUAGAUUAGCUCUACUAGUGAAUGACCAUGAAAACAUCAAUGACUGCUACUACUUUUACCCUUGCUUUCCCUUGGUUUCUCUUCGCAACAACUAUUUUUAGUCUUGGCCUUUGUCAUGAAAGCUCGAGUGCUGGCUGCAUUGAAAGCGAGAGAGAAGCUCUUUUGCAGUUGAAGUUUGGCCUUAAAGAUCCUUCUAACCAGCUUUCUUCUUGGGGUGGUGAUGCAAAUUGCUGUGGAUGGUCUAGAGUCAUCUGUGAUAAUCUCACCAGCCAUGUUAUUGAGCUCCAUCUUAGAAGCCUGUCUCGGGAAGAGUAUUAUGCCUCUAAUCACGCUGGUUACAAUGAUGAUCAUUGGGAGAGUUCGACAUUCAGAGGUAAGAUUAGUCAAUCUUUACUAAACUUGAAGCAUUUGGAGUAUCUAGACUUAAGCAACAAUAAUUUUGAAGGAAAUCAAAUUCCUAAAUUCCUUGGUUCUAUGGGUAGUUUAAGAUACCUUAACCUCUCCGGAGCAGGAUUUGGAGGAUUGAUACCUCAUCAACUCGGAAAUCUUUCAAAUUUACAGUAUCUCACUAUCUCUGAUACUAUCUCUAGUUAUGAUUAUGAGAAAUAUGUAGUGAGUUUACACUGGCUCUCUAGUCUCUCAUCAUUAGAAUUCCUUGACUUGAGUUAUGUAAAUCUUAGUAAAGCCUUGGAUUGGUUGGAUGUGAUGAACAAACUCCCCUCCCUGGUAGAGUUACACUUGUCAGGAUGUUCACUAUUUAACAAGGUUCCUCCACUUCCCAAAGUCAACUUUUCAUCACUUGCCAUCCUUGAUCUGUCAGGAAACAGGUUUGAUGAAUCAUCCAUUCCUAGUUGGAUUUUUAGCAUUAAAACUUUGACUUCUCUUGAUCUUUCAUCUAAUUAUUUUCCUGGAUCAAUCCCCGUUCAUCUUCAAAAUAUAACUUUCCUUAGAGAACUUGAUUUAUCUAGAAAUUAUUUCAAUUCUUCCAUGGCCUUUUGGUCACAUGAUUUUACACAUCUUGAGCAUCUCCGCCUUGCCUCUAAUAUUUUGCAAGGGAGAAUUCCAAGUGCCAUAGGAAAUUUCACUUCCCUCAACAGCCUUGACUUGUCAGAAAGCCUUGUUGGAGGAGAAUUUCCAAGUGCUAUUGGAAAAUUGACUUCCCUUGAAAGCCUUUACUUGUCAUACAACGGCCUUCACGGAGCAAUUCCAAGUGCCAUUGGAAACUUGACUUCCCUUAGCAUCCUUGACUUGUCAUCCAAUGAACUUGGGGGAGGAAUUCCAGCAUCAUUCAAAAAUCUUUGCAAUUUGAGGUCACUCUCUUUGUCAAGCAUCAAUCUAAGCCAAGAGAUAAAUGAGGUAUUCGAAAUUCUGUCAGGAUGUGUUUCGGAUGGAAUCGAGACAUUAUCUCUAUCUAAUUCUCAGUUAUCAGGUCAUCUUAAUAAUCUUCUUGGACAGUUCAAGAAUCUGAAUUCCCUCAUUCUUUCAAAUAAUUUGAUUACUGGCUCAAUUCCAGUCACUUUGGGUGAGCUGACUUCCUUGACAUCUCUGGACCUUUCUCAUAACAAAUUGAAUGGAAGUCUCCCCAUAGGUUUUGGGGCCCUUGAAAAAUUAGCGAAGGUUGAUAUUUCUCAUAAUUCAUUAGAGGGUGAAGUUUCUGAAAUUCAUUUUGCAAACCUUACAAAUAUGAGAAAUUUUGAUGGCUCUCAUAACCAAUUGAUUUUAAGAGUCAAUCCUGAUUGGAUUCCUCCCUUUCAACUUGUUGAGAACAUAGCUUUGCAAUCUUGGGAUGUUGGGCCUCAGUUUCCCACAUGGCUCCAUUCGCUAAAGUAUUUAGAAUACCUGGACUUGUCAAACUCAAAAAUUUCAAGUACCCUGCCCCUUUGGUUCCAUGAGUGGUCUUCAAGGCUCUAUGAAUUUAAUUUAUCCAAUAACCAAAUGCAUGGAAAGAUUCCAUAUUUAUCCAUUGAUGAUUCUGAUUACUCAUCCAUUGACUUGAGUUCAAAUAAUUUUGAGGGUCCAUUGCCUUCUGUCUUUUCCAAUCCUGGUGGGAUAGAUCUUUCUAAUAAUUCAUUCUCUGGGUCAAUAUAUACCUUUCUAUGUAAUAAGAUUCAUAGGCUGAACUUUGAAAAGAGCUUUCAUCAUUAUCUAACUACAGAAGUUCUUAACUUAGGAAAAAAUCUUCUAUCUGGAGAGAUACCUGAUUGUUGGAUGAAUUGGAAAUCUUUAGCAGUCAUAGAAUUAAAUGACAACUAUUUCGGUGGAAAAAUUCCUAGAUCCAUUGGAACUUUGAGUGACCUUUCAUUCUUAAACCUUCGCAACAAUAAUCUCUCCGGCAAAAUACCAUUGUCACUUAAACAUUGCAAACAAUUAAGGGUACUUGACUUGGGUGAAAAUGGAUUGAGCGGAAACAUUCCAACAUGGCUGGGGAUUUCAUUUCCCGGGGAAGAAAUAUCAUCGAUGGAUAUUCUCAAUCUUCGCGGGAACAAAUUUCAUGGUCACAUACCCAAAGAGCUUUGCCGCAUGACUUCGUUGCAAAUAUUGGAUCUUGCUAAUAACAACUUCAGUGGUACCAUACCAUCAUGUAUCAGUAACUUCAGUGCAAUGGUCGAAAAAAAUUAUGGAACCAUGGAAGGCAAUGUUUUCUAUGUUUAUGGUCCUUCACUACAAUCAUCUCAGAGUUCCUCAGUGAUGAUGAAGGGGAAAAUGAUUGAAUAUAGCACCAUUCUUGGUUUCCUUCGGAGUAUGGACCUCUCAAAUAAUAAAUUAUCGGGGGAUAUUCCUGAGGAAAUAACAGGACUUGAAGCAUUGCAGUCAUUGAAUUUAUCACAUAAUCUUUUGAGUGGAAGUAUUCCAGAGAAAAUAGGAAAUAUGCGGGCUCUAGAAUCUCUUGAUUUUUCUCAGAAUCAACUUUUUGGAGAAAUUCCCCAAAGUAUGUCAAGCUUGACAUUUUUGAGCAAAUUGAACCUCUCUAACAACAAUUUAUCAGGAAUAAUUCCUUCAGGCACUCAGUUGCAAGGCUUUGAUCCAUCUAGUUUCAGCGGCAAUAAACUUUGUGGGCCUCCACUCACCAAAAAUUGUAGUGUUGAUGAUGCUACGCCUCCCAUUGCGACAGAAAGAGGAGAAGACGACAAAGGGUCUGAACCAUUCACUUGGUUCUAUUUCUAUGUGAGUAUUGCGCCUGGAUUUGUAGUGAGAUUUUGGACAGUGGUAGGUCCUUUAAUGUUUAACAGAAGAUUGAGGCAUUUAUACUUCAAUUUCCUAAAUGGUUUAUGGGACAAAAUUAUGGCAUGGUAUCAUGUAAAUGUUGUUAGACUUGUGAGAGGUUUCUAGAGUUUUGUUCAAAGCAAAUAUAAGUGUGAAAUGGACUAUGCAUAAGUCAGUUAGAUUUUAGCUGUGUGUUGGUUUUGAGGGCAUUUUUAUAUAGUUGUGUAAUUGUUCUGUAAUUUUAAAUUGAGUUUAAUAAUAAUUGAAAAGUUUUACUGAUGUGAAA